CUACUCUCUCACAGGUCGCAAAGACAGGCAAGAAACGCGAGACCUUCAAACAGGUAUCUUCGCGCGAAUUUGUUUCCCGCGUAACGGUAGAGAAGGCACGCAGACAUGCCUUUUACGCUAAAUCGUCAACCCAAAGAUAGGAACUGGAUGUUAGGUAGCCUCUCAAGGUCGGGGCGACUAGGAGUGACGCCCGAACAGGCGUUUCAGCGUCAUGUUUUCUCUCCCGUCGACAGAAACGUGAACAUGCCCAAUACAUGCUCUUUAGAAAUCCGUUAGUUGAUGGAUUGAAACGGAGCAGACUCAGAAUUUUCUCGGAUCUGCUGUCCAGACAACCCGUCGAUUUUCCGCCACAGGUUUCUCCGUCGUGCAUGCGCGCGCAAUUGUCUCAACUACUCGUUCUCUUUUCUUUACCUCAUACUCCCUUUCGCCUCCGUCGUUUGUUUCGUUAUUCCUUCCUCUGGUAGGUUUUUCUGUCUUUCAGUUAGUGUGCCGUCGCCCUCCGGUUUGUCCACGCUUGUGUUUCGCCCGUCGUCUCUUCCGUCCCCUGACAGUCUCAACCCCUCUUGAAGUCGCCUCGCAGUUGAUUUCCGCUUUUUUGUAGUUGUCCUCUGGGAUUUUGCGCGACGUCGUUUAGCCUGUCCAGCAUGAGGCAGACAGGAAGGCCUGCGAGUCAGGCGACCGGCGCUGGCGCCGGAGAAGACCGGCCGUCUGGCCGGCGUCUCGCCUUUGUUCCCUCGCGCAACUUCCGCCCGAGCGGCUCUCUCGCUUACUUGCAAACAAAAUCUCUGUAUCUUUACUCGCCUUCUUUUCAAGUACCUCUGCCGCGAAUCCCUCUCGCGCCGAAGUUUUGUGCGUAUCCCUUCAGCCGUGAGGCCAUUUGCGGAAAGCCGCCUGCACAGGACGCCGCGUCGAAGGAGACCCGGCACCUGACUCGGCAGCUGGGGGCGGCAGGGGGGGGGCACUCGAUCCCUCUCGAGGAGGUCGGCGAGGAAACGGGUGCAAAUGUCUUCGACGUCGUCGCCUCUCUUCAGCUCCUCCAAGAAUUCGACGUUGCGGGCAUUCUGCCGAACCUGAUCAACCCCAAGGGGUAUCCGAACCUCCUCGCGGUCCCACCGUUGGCCGCGCCGCCUGUGGUAGGUGGCUCGGGUGUACGUACAGCCGGCAAAGGCCAGGCGAGUGCGCCCUUCUCCCUGUUUCAGCACCUGCCGGCGGAAGACUUCGACAUCGUCUCCAACGUGCUGCCCGAGUUGGCUCUCCACCGCAUGCAGCAAGCGCGGCUCAGCAAGCGAGAAGGCGAGAAGGGAAAGGCGUCGGAAGGGACCAAGUCGCGCGCGCCAGAGGGCACAGACGCCGACAGAGCAGGCGCCUUCGAAGCCGCUGGACUGUAUAGACACCCGACGCAGCCGCACCUCAAGCCGAAGAGGAUAUUCUCGGUGGUUCCGCAUAGACGUCUGUGCGGGAACGACUACCUGCCUGUGGGGAUCGAUCUGCCGGCGGAGGUGGAGGCCGACCUCGAGAAAGAGGCCACUGGAGACUCGCUGUUUCUCGACGAAAGCGAGGAGACAGGCGAUCGCCGCUCCCUCGCUGCUGGCGCAACUCGACAGAUGCCUCCGGCUGUUUUGCUCGUCAACGAAGCGACCAAAACGUCCGUUUCCUAUGGGUUUUACACCAAAGUGCCAGAGAGCGAGACGUCGCAGGUUAAGCGCGAAGAAGGCGAGGCUGCAGACAAAGCUGCAGAGACACUCAACGCAAAGUAUCGCUUCUCCAGAUUCUACUCAUCCCACAUGCUGGCUAAGGACGCGGGUGCGCCGACGGAGAACUCGUUCCUUCUGUUUAUUCCGAACGCCUCCUCCGCAGUGGAGGAGGCGCAAGGCGCUUCGCCGCCGAGAGAGGAGCUUGCUUUCGUCGUGCCGCUUCACUCGCAGCGGCGCAUUCUCGUGAAGGCGGGAGGCAGCGCGAGGCGGCCUCGGUUGAGUCUCGCUGCUCGCGUCCUCACCAAGGAGGAAGAAGAAGACAGAGAGGCUCGCCGAGCAGCAGCGUGUGGUCGCGAGCCUGGAAAGCGACGCGUUGACGAAAUGAGUGGAGAGGACGAGGGGUCUGGGUCCGACGCGUCUUUGCGCGAUACGAGUGGGGAGGAGGCGAGUGACGGAGGCGGAGACAGUUCGGAGACAGGGCGGAAGCGACGGAGACAGUCUCCGGAGGCCGCCGAGCCUGACGGAGAGAGCGGCGGUCAAGACGCGUUGUUUGCGCACGAUGAAGAAGAAGAGAGGGAAGCGAGCACAAGUUCCUCUUCUUCCUCCAGCGACUCGAGCAGCAGCGGCAGUGAAGACGACGGUGAAGAAGACUCCUCAGAGUCUUCAAACGAAGAAGACGAAGAAUAAGCAGCGAGAAACGAUCCCCCUGGAAGAGACGCAGAGAAAAGAGAGGAAGAGACAAGGAGAAACGGGGAGCGAGAUAAGGGAAAGAGAAGAACUGAAGACAGACGGCUUUCAAAGACAGGGUCCGUGUGAAUGCAGGUUUUACGACUGAUUUUUCUUUCGAGAGUUCCGUUUCUCAAUUGGCCUUGUCCGCUGUGUGCGCCUUCCAGUCCACUCGAGGCAUCGUCGCCCUCUGCCGUUCCCGAAACGAUUCUCCCUCAACUUCUCUCUUCUCUCCUUUUUUUUCAUGUCCACGGGUCUGUCUGUUCUCUCUCGCUUUUUCCAUCGCGCGUUUCUCGUGUUGCUUCUUCUUCACGUUCGGUGGAAACUUCCCUUCCCUUCACUCUCCUCCCUCCUUCCUAUUUCUCUUUUCCUUCUCUCUUUUCUCGCUUCAUUUGCCUUUCUCCGUAUCUCCGUAUCUCCGUCUCCUCUUCCUUUCUUGCUUGUUCUCGGCUUUCCUGACCUCAGUCCUCUAACUCUACCUCCGUGCUGGGUAUGACAUCUCACUUGCUUUUCCGGCAAGGUGGCAUCGGUCCCUGUUUGUCGCUUUUUCGAAAGGGAAAACUCUUUCUGUUUUGCCUUUGCUGAUCUUCAGUUUUCGAGAGUGUUUCUUCCGGUUCCCGGCGAUCACGCUGAGAGAGAGAAAAGGCACCCAGUGAGGGGUGUUUGACGUUGGAGGCCCCUUUCUCGAAGUUAAUCCUAGAAAUCUGUAUCUGAAUGCUCGUCUCUUGACUUCUGGAUCUCCUGUCUUUCCAUUCCUUCUCCUGUCGCGCUUCUGCUAGGGGUCGUCACACGUUUUCCUCGUCCACUUCCAGAUCUUCUUGUCUCGUUCCCCUCUUUCUUGUCCUCUGUCUGUUCGCUCUUCCCCUCUCUGUUGUAGGUCGCGAGGUCCUUCUGUCGUCCUCGUUCCUGGCAUGUACUGUCUCCUAUUAUAAGCGGAAUCCCCGCAAACCGUUCAAGACACGGAAACCGUUAACAGACGUUCUUCCUGAGGCCUGUUGCCUUUCAAGACACUACUCGGAAUAGCUUCUUUGAUGGAAAGUCUGGCAGGCCUAAGUAAAGAAAUGUAAACCUGAAAAUUUUCAAAUGGUCUGUUUUCAUCCAAGACGAUUUAUAGUUGCCUGUCUCAUUCAGAAUUAUUUUCUCUGGAAUUCGGACUAACGUUGUCGUUCCUUUCGCUGAGGAAGACCUUGUUUUCUUCAGCCCCGCCAGCAACCCACAGAACGCGUUCUUUCCAGCGAAAGCAACUCCCCUCUUGCUUCACAUGCAUGUCACAGGUCCUUGGAAUGAAGUCACAUGCAUUGCUGGAUUGUUUUGUACGAAGUGCCAACGCUUUCGGAGGACAUUUGGGCGCUCGGGGUGCCACCGAAAUGGCAGUGCGCCUUUUUUUGAGGUGGUGACAAGCGAACGCGAACUUCGAUCAGGCACCACAGUCCCGAUCGCAACCAACAGUUCACUUCCCUUUUCUCCUUGUCGAAUGCAUGCGCGCUGAGUUGAAUCUGUCUCUCAGACGAUCCCCUUAACUGCGUUCCACUAUUUCUAUCUUUGAAUCCUUACAAGGUAUUCGUUGCCUUAAGCAUGGUCGGCAAACGGAAGAGAACUUGGACUGAGGAAAGAAGCAGAAAAACCCGAAAAACGCUUGUCAAUAAUCCUGUUUCA